AUGGCAUCAGCUCCAGAGCGCCUGGUCGCGCCCAACGUCAGAGACGGCAGCAGAGGCCUCAAGAGUAGCAAUGGGCUCCUGAAUCUCUCGCCCAUUCCGCCCAUCCUGCGACCCUUUAUCAGAGCGUAUCUGCUCGGCUACGCAUCCGCCGUCGGACCGCGUCUCCUGACCCUCAUACUGCAGCGUCUGACGAGGCGGAAGAGGAGGCGUCUGUCGCAGGGCCGAGAUCGGGAUACCUCGUCAUUCCGCCAGUCAGCCCUGUACAUCAUUCGUACGGGAUUCGACUUCCAGAGAUUCCCGACAUUCUGUGCCGUCCUCGUAGGCGGGAGCACGUGGUUCAUGAUUCAUGGCGGGGAUGCUGACGCAUACUUGACUCGUAGACUGGCUAGAUGGUUGGCGACUUUCAUUUCCGCCUGGCUAGGCAUGCGCCUCCUUCAUUCCAAGGACAGUCCGGCCUUUACAGAGGCAGGCCCGGUGGGAGAGGACGGAAAGCGGGAAAAGAUACUUCACGGCGGACGUACCGUGGACCUCACUCUAUUUGCCGCCACCAGGGCCAUGGAUGUGCUCGUGGGGGAGUAUUGGGCCCGACACUCUGCCCGGCGAAAGGCGGCCAAAAAAUGGACCAAGCUGGAACAGCUGGCUACCAACAUGAUUGACCCCUCUGUCUUCAUCGUCUCAUGCUCCUUCAUAAUGUGGGCAUGGUUCUACCACCCGACCAAUCUCCCGCGCAGCUACGACAAGUGGAUAACGUCGGCGGCGUCGGUCGACUCGCGCCUGAUCGAGGCGCUCCGGAGCUGCCACCGAGGCGAACUCCGGUACGGGGAAGAGGCCGGAGGGAAGUCGAAGUCGUCCGUCCUCGGAUCCAUGUGCGCCGACUACGGGUGGCCACGGACCUGGGGCAACCCGGCGGAGACGAUCCCCUUCCCCUGCGACAUGGUGCACAUGGGUUGCGGCCCUUCGUGCGAGUACCACGCCGUCAGCCGCUUCGCCCGCUCCUUCAGGUGGUCAAUGUACACGUAUCUGCCGCUCGCGCUGGCGUUCAGGCUGCGCCGCCCGACGCGCAGGGGCGUCCUGCUCGCCGUGCUGUCGUCGGCCCGGUCGUCGGCCUUCCUGGGCGCCUUCAUCACCCUCUUCUACUAUGGCGUCUGCCUGGCCAGGACCCGCGUGGGGCCCCGCGUCGUCGGGAAGGACGUCGGCGCCCGCCAGCGCAUCGACUCGGGCCUCUGCGUCGGUGCCGGAUGCGUCCUGUGCGGGUGGAGCGUCCUCAUCGAGACGGCCUCCAGGCGCAAGGACAUGGCCCUGUUCGUCGCGCCGCGCGCCCUCGGCACCGUCGUCCCGCGCAGGUACCCCCGCGACAAGCAGUGGCGCGAGGCCGCCGUGUUUGCCGCCAGCGCGGCCAUCAUCAUGACGUGCGUGCUCGAGAAUCCUCAGAGGGUGCGCGGUGUGCUGGGACGGUUGAUGGGUACCGUCAUGAAGAUGUGA